CGGAUAUCGACCACUGCGAAUUCAUGAUUGUAUGUACAGCUCCAUCACAUCUCCGAGCAUCGCCUCGCAUCGCAUCGCAUCGCUGGCAUCAAGGAUGUGACCAUGACCACCACUGCCGCUUUGCCCGCGCUGCUGUGUCUCCCGCCAGCGUUGCGCGACCAGAUGUGCGACGAGCUCGUGGUCGACGACCUCCUCCGCUUCGCUGCCACCUUUCGCAUGCCGCCGUGCUUGAAGGUGUGCAAGCAGUUGCGCGAUGAAUAUAGCGGCGUGUUCUUCAGCGAUGCAAAUCUGACGCGGAUGCGCGUUGGUGGCAGUGGCAGAUGCGCCGUUGACCGUCACAACAGAAGCGCGCCUCGUGUCUAUCGCGUACUGUCCUGCUUCACGCUCCUUUCUUCUGGUGCGUCGUUUCCGAGUGCUUCUUGGCCGCACACUCGCUUCCCUCUUUGCGCUCCUUGCGCUCACUGACAGCUCGUGGAUCGCUCAUACAUCCUGACAAUCGGCAGCAC